AUGCGUCGAGGCCCAGGUCUAGCAGCACUCGACCGCAACAUCCAUUCCAAUACUGCCUACAAUACCCUCGGCAAUGACCUGACCGCAUCGCAACUCUACGAACUGCGGCAGCAACUCGAUCUCUUCAGCACCUCGCUCCGCCAAUUCUCCAGCCAACACCGCAACGAGAUCCGCAAGAAUGCCGAGUUCCGCCACGCUUUCCAGAAAAUGUGCUACAGCAUCGGCGUCGAUCCUCUCUCGUCGUCAACGCGCAGUUCGGGUGGUCUCGCUGGGCUUUGGAGCGACAUGCUCGGGUUGGGCGACUGGCAGUACGAGCUGGGCGUGCAGAUCAUCGACGUGUGUGUUAGCACGAGGAAUAGCAAUGGCGGUGUUAUUGCCAUGGACGAUCUCAUUCGUAGAGUGACACGGUUGAGGACUGGGGGAGCGAGCUCAAGACCAGCGACAGCAGCCAGCGGUAAAGGCAAAGAAGCAGCACCAGAAAUCACAGAAGAAGACAUCAUUAGAAGCAUCAAGAUGCUCGCACCGCUGGGAUGCGGGUAUGAGGUCUUUUCGUUGGGCACUGGCGAUCAGAAGAUGGUUCGGAGCGUGCCCAGGGAAUUGGACACCGAUACAAUGGUCGUCCUCGGCAUGCUCCUAUCAUCUUCGUCUGCCGCAGUGGAUGGUGGAGAGCUUGCCUUUUUGACAGAAGACGCCCUGGUGGCGGGGCAAAAGGCACGCGGGUGGACGCGGGACCGUGCAAGAGCCGUGCUGGAAAACAUGUCGCUCAGAGAAGGCAUGCUAUGGAUCGACGAACAGGCUUUUCCGCCACGAUACUACUCGCUGGCCACAUUGGCGGCGAGUUGA